UGACAGAAUACAAUCGUUGGUUUUGGACCGUUGUCUUUUUUAUUUCCUGUUUGGCGCCACAAAAGAAAUAAAACCAACUGCAAAACCGGUGUAGGAAUGAUAAUUUGUGUCAGAUGUUGCGGUUCAGACCUAAAUUAAGAUUUAUUAAGAGCUAAUUACAUGUGGCAAUAAGUGUUAUCGUUCUUCUAGCUAUUCGCUGCUAUCAGUAAUUUAUCUUUUGACCCAAACAACAAACUGGGGGUUCAUAAGCAGUUCAAUUUUAUCUAUGUAAUGUAAAUAUUUGCUUGUGCUGUACUGCUGACUAUCAAGGGCAAGGGGUAAGUGGUAAGGAUCUUUGCAACGCUUUUCAGCUGCACGUUUUGCAUAUAGUCGGCUAAAAUACGGCAUAUCUUACAUUAUUACCGGAGUUACUUGUACAUAUUCUGCAAUGCAAUUAUAGGUUUUCUGCUUCUUCCUGUAUGUUAUGUUAUUGCUUUCAAUUAUUCAGAUUUUGCUUUCAAAGGUUUGUUAUUGGAUACAUAUUAGCUCCCAUGCAAAUAGUUUUCCAUCAGAAUCAUAAUUCAUUUGAUUAUUUUUGGCAGACAUUUUAAUGUGAGAUUCCAACAUAUAAAUCAAACAAAUCAAAGGAAAUGUUGGACAAUCUACUUGCAUAUUGCAUUGAAUAAAAACAAAACAUUUCCAUGAUUUAACUUCACCUACGCUUUCCUAAUCUUGCACUUAGAACAUUAUUUUAAAAGAAAUUAUUUUUUGAAUAACUCCUGUUCAGUUAUCCUGCAGCGUCCACCUGUGGGAGGCAUUGAAACAUGGAUCAAGAAUCCAGAUGAUGCUUUCAAUUCUCCUAAAUUUUUGGCAGAACAAAUAGGACCCCAAAUGUCACUCUGCUAUGAGUGGGACAUACAAUAAAUAAAUAAAUCCACAUAGUAGGAACCGGGAGUGGAGUAUUCAUUCAGCCAAUCAACUUUUGUUCCACAUCUAAAUAUGAUAGGGUAUACAAAAUCAUGUUCUGUGUAUUUUAUUAUUCAUUGUUUUUUUUUCCUUCACUAGUGGGUAAAAGAAACAUUUGAAUUAAUUUGCUUUAAUUUCCAUCCCAAUGGUAAGGAAGUAUUGUAAUAGGAAAAAAUGCUGAAAUGCUAAAUGUUGUUUGAAUGUUAUGUCAGCUACAUCACAAAAAAUCAUGUCCUGCUAGUCCUUGUACCAUGCAUGAUGUAGAAAGUACCACUUGGCUAUUGAUGGACUUUUCAUACAAGGUUUCUAUGCCUAUACCAAGGUCAAAAAAGUUUUGUAGCUUUUGAAAAUUGAUCAUGGGAUGGUGGAGCUAGGGGUAAAAAAAGAAAAAUAAAACUCUCAACCUUUUUUGGAGGACGUUCAUUUUCAGAAAAAAAUUGUUGUAGGUUCAAAAUUUGGAUUUGGGGACUGUAGGGGACAAGGGAGAGUAUAUGUCUGUCUUUUAUAGUUUAUUUAUAUGCUUUCAACUACGGUAAUUCUAUGCAUCUGUUAAAGAUAUUUCACACAUCACCGUAUGUCCUCAUACAUUUGCCCUUAAAACUUAAAUAGUAAAUAUUUCUAAUAUCUGUACCAGUAUAUACAUAUCGUGUGUCGAGGUGUGAACAAUGCAUUGCUGCUACGGCUGACGAUACGGGAAGUCAGCCAUAACAACAUUGCUAGAUGACCAAUACUGUCAGUAGAGUAGGGGAGAAGUUUCUAGAUUGCAGUGUUCUCAAAUGGGUGGGUAGUAUGUACUAAUUGUGUAGAUCUGUUUGACUUACUUGAUCAGCCUAAUUUUUUUUCUGUUAUACAUCUUCAUAGUCAACAGUUUGUGAGAGGGGCUAACUUCUGCAAAACAUAAUCCUUUAUGAACUGAUGAGAUCAUUGAGUGGGAAGUGCAGAGUCAACUUACUUGACACCAUUUUUCUGGAUGUUGCAUUGUUGAGCCAUUGUUUUGGAUGAAGAAACACGUUUCAUUAACUGAAAUUUUGUUAUAGGCACUUGACAAAUAUCUAAAGCCCUGUUUUUGCCAAUGGCCUCCAUACAUCAAAAGCCAAUAAAAUACUAUCACUUUUUGGAUGCCCCUCGUAUCUUCCAUUAUUUGUUCUUUUAUGAAUGGAUCUGAGCUAGAUACACAUUACCAUUCAACAACCUUUGUUAAGUACAGACGUCACUUCAAUACACAUUUGAAUAAUUAAGGAAGGAAUAUUUACAAUGUUGUGUUUAACAUAAUAAAAGUGGUUAUUCUAGUUUGCAUGACUUAUCUAAUGAGGCUUGAGAUGAUGCUGAAUCAUACAAAAAAUGAAUAUUUUGGUUAUUUUCAGAGUUCACUGACUUCUUUAUAAAAAGCACAAGUCCAAUUAUAUUUGUAGAUGAUAGGAUAUCUAGAAUUUGAGAGAAACAAACCGCUUUAAGUUGUUUUACAACAUAAUGAUAUUCUAGAGGGUAAACGGAAAGGCCCCUCGCCGAGAGAUAUCAAAAAUUUGGCUAGCUAACUUUUAUUAAACAAAAACACACUUUUUCGUGUAUAUUCAAAUAGUUAUGAACUAUUGGUGUAAGUGGUCUAAAAACAGUUGUUGGGAAUGAGAAUUCCUUCAAAAUAAGGCAUUACCAAUUUGCGGAAAUGGUUAAUUUGUUUUUAGAAAAAAAAAAGAAAUCGUCGAUAAAUUUAUUUUUUACUGGGAAAUGCAUAAGGUAAAUCGGAAAUAAUAGCUAAAAUUUGAAGUCAUUGUGGUGCUUAACAUCGAGAAAAAAAUCAUCCAAAAAUGCCCAACUGUUUCUGGAAUUUUGAAUAAUUACUAUUUCUUCAGAAAAUUUUUUGAUGAGCUGUCCACUGCCUUUGGAUCAAUCAAAUGGCCUUACGUUGGGCUUACUAUUUUACUACCGACUUAGUUUAAUAUCUUAUUAAGAGAUAGACAAGAUUUUUUAUUCUAAUCAUGUAAAAAACGUCGCCAAGAGAACAUCUAUUUUUUUUAAGUUGUAAUUAGGAUGCUUACCACAGAAAACCAGAUGAAAAAUACACAGUUUUAGCAGCAGUUGUUAAAGGAGCUUGAUUUCUGAGUGGUAGUUCACGUGAAUGGCCCUACUUUUUUUUUACUGUUAUUUCAGCCCCCAAAGCCCCAAAAAAGUUUUUUCGUCAAAGUUAGCGUUUUUUAUUUGCUUUUCAGAAGUGGGCUUCCUAAUUGCGAUGGUAAAAAACAACGGGUUUAUUGAUUAUAAGGCAAACAUAGAUUUACCAUUGGUGACGCUUAUUACAUUGUUUGUAUAAGAAAAUCUGGUAUCUCUCUCAAUACAAUAUUAAACUAAGCCUCUAGUAAGGGAAUGAUUCCAAUAUGAGGCCAUUUGGUUAAUCCAGAGUCGCUGGAUAGCUCGUCAAAAAAGACAAUUUUUCUGAAAAAAUGGUGGUAAGAAUUAGAAAAUUGCCCAUAGUGUUGAGUAUCUGUGAAUGAAAUGUUUUAUGGAUGUUAAGCACCACAAAUGCUUUUGACUACUAAUCCAGAUUUACCGUUAUGCAUUUUUCAAGACUUGAAUUUUUGAAUUGACAAUAAUUAUGGAAUAUAGGUCGUAUAGGAUCUCAUUUUCAAGGUGUUAUCAUUCACUAACAAAAUUUUUUGGACCGCUUACACCAAUAACUCAUAACUAUUUGGAUAUACGCGAAAAAUUGACUUUUUCAAAUAUGUCUUUUGAUAAAAAAGUUAGCCAGCAAUUUUUUUGAAUCUCUUGAUGAGGAACCUUGUCACCUAGUCUUAAAAAUAUAAAUCCGCUGUAAAACCGCUUGUUGCGUUUCUUUCUGAAACAGUGACGAUUUUUGGCUAGUCAGCUUGGUCUAAUGUGUGAUAUUGGACAUUUACUUAUUACUCCAAUAAUCACAAUCAUAAUUUUUGCAUGGAACAGAAGAAAUGAUUGAUUAAUUGUGCUAAGCAAUGACUAAUUGUGAACUUAUAAUGUGGAUCAGUGGAUGUAUAUAAAACUGAUGAAAAAGAAAUCAGAUUUACUUCGUAAACAUUUAUGUGACCAAUAUGACUAUUUUGCUAAACGCUAUAGCUUGGCGAAUAUUCUGGACUUCUUAUAAAUAUGCUGGGACUUAUGUUACUGAUAUGGCGGGCAUCGCUGAGAGCAGGAUCAGAGAGCAACAGGCUGUUCACGAACACAUUCUUACUCAUUAUAUCUUUAUGGGCAUAUCCGUCAGUGAGAUAGAUCAUUUUGCGGCCAUGCCUUGGGUGGACAUUGUUUAUUUCUAGAUAUGUUUGAUUCUCAGUACGUAUUCAGUCCAAUGAAAUACUAGACCAGAAUAUCUAGAAUUUCUGAAAAAAUGUAUAGACGAAGUUUACAACCGAAAUACGAGGUGAGUAAAUUAAGUGAUGAGACUGAUUUUCUAAAUAUUUUUUAUUCAAAUAUAAUUACAAUUUUAUAUUAUCACCAUCAUAAUAGUUUUCUUCUGAAGCCACACCCCUGGAGAGAUAGUUCUUCCACUCCUUAUAGCAGUGCUGGAACACCUAUACUGGAAUAGCCUUCAGCUGGUUGGUUACAGUCAUUUUAAUGUUUUCGACUGUCCAAAAAUGAGUUCCAUUCAGGUGAAGGUGAACUUCGGGAGAGAAAAAAGUCACAAGCACUCAAGACAUGCGAAUAAUGAGUUUGAGGAGCCACAGAGAAAUGUUUUUACUGUCCAAAAACUCAUUUAUUGACAUUGAUCUGUGACAAGGAGCAUUAUUGUUAUGCACCACCCAGGUGUUCCUGAUCUGAUAAACGGUGGUCUGAGUCAAAUUUAACUCCUCGAUCAUUCUGAUGUCAACCGACGACGGACAAGAUCCCGGAUUCUGUAGAUAUUUUUAUCGGUUCUUGAAGAUAUAGGCCUUCCGCCUCAUAGUUUAUCGUUAAUUGACUCUCUCCCUUCUGAAAAUGCCUCAAACCACGUAAAGCCUGGUCUCUUGACAAAAUACUAUCUCUGUAGGCCUGCUGAAGCUUAGCAAGAGUUUCCGUUGCAUUGGGCCCAAGUCUGAAGCAAAACCUGAUAGCACACAGUUGCUCGAAAUUGAUGUCACUCAUUUUUAGAAUACAAUAGGAAAACUGUUUCAUAAAAAAUCGCUACGGUGAACCAAGUGACUCGAGUGAGUUCAAACUUGUAUUGAAGGUGGAUCACAUGUUGCCCUGUCUCCCCUCUAAGCCCAACGUCCGCAGUGUUGCCAGAUCGAACGCUGCGUUGCCAGUCUCAUUACUUAAUUUACAGGCCUUGUAUGUUCUUGUGGGUAUAUACAAAGGUUUUUAAUCUUUCUGGAGAUACAAACUUUUUUGCUGGGUAACUAUUUCAUUAACCGUCACAGUUCAAAAAAAAAUUACAUGUUAUAAGAUUUCUAACAUUUCGAAUUUGGAAAAAUAGCUUAAAGUCUACAGAUCAUAAGGAUUUUCAGGAUUUGAUUUUUUAACAAACUUCGCAGCUAAAUACGGUGUAAGAAAAUACAUUGUUUUGGGCACAUAAAAUGACCGACCAUUACUGUUGAUCUAAUGGGGCACAAAUAUACAUGACAUGGAAAUAUAAAAUAAUCUUUUCAAUUCUAUAUAGAAGAACCUUAUUAUAUAUUGAAAUAAGCUUUGUCGAAUAUAUAAAAUAAACUAGAUAAAUGGACUGACUAAGCAUUUACUGCAGUUUGCUGUUGAUAUUUGUCUGAUGCUGAGAUUGUUGUGUAGUAACAAGUCCAUGCAUGUACUGAUACUGUAUCUUCAAUAUACCAUUUGGAAUAUUAAAGGGGCUAAACAAUCCUUCCCAGUUUUCAGUACAAUGAAUUCCACUCUGGACGAUACCCGUUCGCCGUUUAUAUCAGAACGUAGGAGGUCCCUCUUCCCCUCGGACACAGUGGACUCUGGCGAAGACUCCGACCUUGGACCGAUCAACCCUCUGAAGACCUGCUACUCGGACUCCGAUUCUGACUCCGAAACACCAGUUAGCAAGAUAAUAGACACCGUCGAACACUACGAUAUCCUGGAAGUAGUCGCUAAUAAGGAAAACUUCUGCACUCCUGCUCAAUCUAAACUCUUGCACCCUGAGACUUUGCUCCCACUUUGUCUGAGUAACAGUCCCGCUUGUAGUACUCAAGUAGUUAGAGCAGCUUCUCCCUCGUACAAGUUGAAAACUCCUCACGAUACUUGUAGUACUGGUACGAAACUUCCAAAGUUACUCCGUAAAUCUCUUCUAGAUUCGGAGUGCGGACAGGGUAAGAGGAAGUUGCCCCCUUCCAGCACCCCAGAAUCUGGUGGUAAGCUACUUAAGAUGGAGUCGAAGGUUCGCACUGCACUAUUUCCAGAUACGGAUACGGAUAUUUCUCUGCCUGCUAAAAGGUUUUAUUCGAAUACUGAAGAUAUAAUGGAAACGAUAAAGAAAAGAAAUUUGAAUCAAGUGUUUUUGCCAAAGAAGUUAUCUGUCCAAGUGACGAGAAGCAGAGCUCCAAAGAGGAAACAUAAGCGGACAUAUGGCGAGAUCAAUGCUGGAGUUACUCACAAAAUUAGGAAGCCUACGCUUGGAAAGGUUGUCAAGAGGGCUUUGUCGAAGGUUGCCGUGACGCCAGCCGGAAACCAGGCUAUCACAGAGUACAUUAAGGAUCUUAAAGAGUUGAAGGAAAAUAAGGGCAAGGAAAAAAUGAUUGUGGAGAACAAGGAGAAUCAUGAUUCCAUGGCUGAACCGACUAAAGAUACAACUUUGCAAAUAAAAGCUCCUAGGUCCAACAAACCAUUGAUAAAACCAGCGGUUCCUUUGAUCACUCCAGCUAUUAAAGUGGAUAAACCUGAACUGUCAAAGAAGAGGCCACACUGUUCAUCUCCAGAGCAGAAUACCACCAACAAAAAAUUUUUCAGGUUUUCUCGCCCGAAAGGUGUAGUUACCAUGAAUAAGAACAUCAAGGUCAGGGUUGAAAAUGGUGAAAUGGUUCUUUUGGAGCAAAACGGCAUCCAGCAUAAAGGCCAUGAAGACCAAAACAUGAACUCUAAUGAGGUUAAAACUGAGAACGUCGAAUUCGAUGAAAGCGAUUUCAGCCAAGAAGAGCCGAGCAUGCCUUCGACAAACAUAGAUGACAUCCUGUCAGUUCUUGAUGAUGAAAGUGAGGCUGAAGAUGGCCAACAAGUAAUUUUGCCUGUGCAUAAUUCCACCACAAUAUCAUUGGAUAAUGGGAUACAACUACAUGAGCAGCCUGUCAGUAGGGAUCCAAUUUGCCCUGCCAGUAUCAUUCUGUCACCGAUAUCUCAGAUGUGCAAUGUUACAUCGGGAUUGGAUCUGAACAGUCCAAAGCGCAUCAAGAACCUCGCUCCAGUACUCGAAGAAAUUGGCAACAAUAUUGAAAAUAAGAACACCACUGAGGAUGAAAAGCUUUAUCCUGUUUUCCACCAACAAAAAGCAACCUCAACUGACAAUACCAAAAACCUCAAAGCUAUGAACAACACAGUCAAAAAGAAGUUCAAAAAGAUAGCAGCAGACCAGAUGUUGCUGGACGCUGGCCAGAAGCGGUUUGGAGUGACUCAAUGUCUGGAAUGUCAGUUUAUGUACCACUUGGGUGAUCCCAGUGAUGAAAUGAUUCAUACGAACUACCACCAGGCCAUCCAUAUUUUCCGAUUCCACGGUUGGAAAAAUGAACGAAUGGUAGUAACAAUUAACAGUGACAGGAUUAUUCAGAUAUUGCCGCAUGAUUCUAAACUUUGGUUGAAAAGGAUACAAGAUCUGAUGGGUGUAGUUGACAGAGAGCUAGGAUAUUAUGAUACUCCAUUUAGCGUUGAUAAUGUCCAGACUUUCCUCUACGUAAAAAAUCGGCUGAUAGUCGGCUGUAUUGUCGCAGUACCCGCAUCCCAAGGCUACCGCAUGCUCACCACAGGGCCGGACGAAGGCGAUUUUUGUUCGAAAACAGUAUGCCCAAUCAAAUGCGGCAUCUCUAGAAUCUGGGUUUCAUCCAGCCAUAGACGACAGGGUAUCGGCAAAGCUCUGAUGGACGCUGUUAAGGCAAACUUUAUUGUCGGGUAUCCGUUAGAUGACGGUGAGAUCGCUAUGAGCUCUCCUACAGGGAUGGGCAAGUCGUUUGCUGUCAAGUAUUUUGGAACGCCAAAUUUCCUAGUGUACUUUCCAUAGUUUUAAGAUUAUAGUGUGCCUUUAAAUGCCAGUAUUAUAGAAGAUAGGUUGAAAUCAAUUCUAAUUGGUGUUGUCUUUCAUAUACGGGGAAAUGGAGCUGGGACACCUUGUUCCUUUUAUUGAUUCGACUCCAUGGUUUCGAUUCGGGUCUGGGAAUCAAUUCUUUCAAUUCGUGCACGGUUCCUUUUAAUUCAGAUUCGAUUUUACCGAGUGGAACUCUUUGAAAUUUUAUUAAGAUAUUUGUUCUCCAAGUAAGAUCUUAGGAUUUGUUUACAUAGGAGCAUCUUUGUAAUUUUUUUAUAUUUUUUUUCAGCAAUAUUUUUAUUUCAAUCUGUCUUCUCGUAAAUAUAUAUUUUACUUAAUAUAUGACAAGUACAAUAAUCGCAAAUGGAAGCCAUAGUUCAACUGCCUCUAAGCAACAAAAUAUUUGUCAAAAGCAGAUUGAUGUUGAUAUUUUUGCAGGAAUGAUCAUUGAAUAUUAUAUUUUGAUUCAGUGUUUUCAUAGACCAAAGGUACCUGAAAUUUAAAGUAUAACCAACCAGUAUGCUCUAAGCAUAAGCAUUAUACUAGAUGACCCAUCUCCAAUUUUGAUUGCUGAAUUGUUGAAUAUACAGCAUCUACUGUUUCUAAUGCAUCUUGGAUUAAACAUAUUUUCUGAUGUUUUUCUUCUACUGAUUUGUAUAUGUUGUAUGAAUUACUUUCGGGAGGUAUACAAUUAAAAAUUGGAAAUACUCCGAAAAGAAAAUAGCAGGUUUUAUUAGUCGAUUUUACCAGUUGGGUCAAGCUUCAAUCUGUUUUUCCUUAUCUACUUUUAUUGUUAAUUUUUUGAUCCCAAAACAUUACAAGUACAACCAUAUAAUCUCAAGAUAAUAUUGUAAAAUAUAGAUGUAUUCUUGCAAGUUUUUAUGUAGAAUUAGAUUAAUAUAUUCAGUUAGUUUAUAAGUGAUUUGCCAUAUACAUUCUAUGUACCUUUCCACAAGAAUAUUAAUAUUUAUUUUGUACUUUUAUACGUAUAUCACAAGUCAAUAAAAAA